CGCGAUUCCAAAGCGCCCUCAAUUUCAAACCCCCGUUUCUUGCCAAUCGACAGACAAUAUCGCACGACGACCGAACUGGUGGAUACAUAAAGGAGAACACAGGAAGAAUACCGAGCAGAGCAGCGCGUUAUGGCUCUACCGACGAAAGGACGCGUUAUAAUCGAGACGACGUUUGGAGAGAUUGAUAUUGAACUUUGGGCGAAGGAAACACCAAAAGCAUGUCGAAACCUUAUCUCUGGAGGGGUACUAUGACGGUGUGAUCUUUCACCGGGCCGUACCUGGAUUCCUGGCGCAAACGGGUGACAGGACUGGGACGGGGAACGGUGGAGAGUCGUUAUUCCUUCCCGCUUGACCUGCGAACGAACCACCACACCAAUCACCGUCUUGCAACUACGCACACCUCCAUCCGCCUACGCAUAAACCACACCGGCGCCCGCUAAAAUAGAAGAACCCUUCGAAGACGAAAUCCACCCCAACUACGGUACAUCCAACAGAGGCCUCGUAGAUGGCAAACAACGGGACAAGGCACUCGAACGAUUCGCAAUUCUUCACUACACUUGGUAUAUUCGUUAUAACUUAUAAUGUUUUCGCCCCGCGCCUUUCUCUGGGCUCGCACACCGGGGCACUGAUGUCAAUAUUGCCGACAAGACAGGGCGGACGCCGCUCAUUCAUGCUGUGGAACGGGUGCUCGAGGACACAGUCGAACGCCUUUUGGCGCACGAGAGCACUGAUGUCAACAUCGCCGACGACACAGGGUGCACCGCACUCAUUCAUGCAGUGAAAUGGGGCCAUGGGGGCGAAGUUCAACGCCUUCUUGCACACAAGCGCACGGAUGUCAAUAUCGUCGACAGGGAAGGGCGGACGGAGCUCAUCUAUGCGGAAGCCGAUGACAAAGGGGAUACCGCUCUCAUUGUAGCCUCGAGAAAGUGUUUCCCACAGAUCGUCCAUUUACUUCUCCAACACAGCGUCGGGAUCGAUGCCAAUCACCAAAACCUUAAGGGUCAAACAGCACUCAUGGUGGCUCCGGAG